AUGGAAUUGGACCACUCAUCAUCAUGUGAUCAAGAUUACAACUCAACUUCAUCCUCAGCACCACCUGUGGUUAAGCUCUUCGGUUUUCCGGUCACAAACGACGGCCAAAAAAACCCGAUGAUUCGAAAAAUCCAACACGACGACAUUAACCAGGCGGAAAGCAAAAGGUUCGAGUGCCAGCAUUGCCACCGGAAAUUCGCCAACUCGCAGGCAUUGGGAGGCCACCAAAACGCGCACAAGAAGGAGCGCCAGCGGGCUAAGCGGGCCCAUUUCGUGAGGCCUGGAUCGGCAGUCCAUGUCGUAAGCCCGCAUGGGGUCAGGCCCGGCCCAGUAGCGACUAACAACGGUAGUGCUUACGGAGCGCGGUUCUUCGUGUCCGGGGAAAGUUCUGCGGGUGUGCCUCAGGUUUUGUCGGGUGUGCCUCUGGGGUACCAUGGCCGGUUCCAUGUGGCGGCCUUGGGGCCACGGCACGGUGGCUGGGGUGAAAUGGGGCCGUCGAGGGCGGCUGGGAGGACAGAUGGCAGCGAGGGAUUGGAUGUUGAUCUCCAUCUGUGA